AUGAACACCCAUCCCGUUUCUUUGCUGGAUUUGAAAAAUCUCUUCAUUCGUUUCGCUGUUAGCGUUUCGUUUCCUCUCUCUUUAUUCGUUUUACAAUUCGCACCGUCAUGGCGCCCCGUUUAUCAUUCAAGGCGUUCACACUCCUCGCCGUUACCGCUCUCCCAAUUGUCUCGGCAAUCGAAGUAGCGUCCGCCUCCUCGGAUACUACUUGCUGGCAAUGCAAAGGCUGCUACAACGAAACAGCUUCCAUCCAACCCCUUCAAUUCAAGAUUCUCCCUCCCUUAAUCGAAGACACGAAUAACGAGAACUGCCAGUCUGCAUGUCUCGCAGCAGGACACCUUGUGAGUGGGACGGCAGAUGCGUAUAACUGCUGGUGCGACAACACGCUCAAUGCGAAAAGCAACAAAUUGCUUGAAUCAUUCUGCAAUGUUCCUUGCGAUACUGUCACCUCAGAGAUGUGUGGAGGAUAUUACGCUGUAUCUGUAUACUCGGACACAUGUCUCUCGUCUCCUCCCGCGCCGUCGGAAACUAUAACUAUUACCACCGUCCCACAGCCAACUCCAACAAACAUCCACACAGUCUACAUAACCGCCAUCGUGACCGGCCCGCAGACUCCGCAAUACACGUCGGCGCGGACUUCAGUGAUCUACGUGUAA